AUGACGCUAGAAGCACUGACUUCUAGCGAGCUCUCCAGCUUCAUAGUCUACGACACCAUCUCCGCAACCAGCCACCACCACCACCACCACCACCACCAACUCUACGCAAACCCUUCGCAUGGAGCGUUCUACCCCGUCGACAAUGAAGAGAAUCUGGAGCCGGCGACAGGCUAUGCCGCCGCAGUGGCGGAUAGCCCGGGGAUGGAGCAGCCCAAUGGGCGACCGAGCUCCUCCUCCACGGCGGCGCAGGGCCGGAAGAAGCGGAGGCGCAGGCCGAGGAGCUGCAAGAACAAGGAGGAGGCCGAGAGCCAGCGAAUGACCCACAUUGCCGUCGAGCGCAAUCGCCGCCGGCAAAUGAACGAGCACCUCGCCGUCCUUCGCUCCCUCAUGCCCGAGUCCUAUAUCCAGAGGGUUCGUCUCUCUCUCUCUCUCUCUCUCUCUCUCUCUCUGCCAUCACCAUCUUCACUUCCCAGUUAACCUCUCCAUUAUUUCCACCAAUGAAAGAAGCUGCACACAGCUCCGUUCCUCUUGGGUAGUUGAGAUUACGGUCCAAAAUGCGAUCUUUCCGUAGAUUCUGUGGGAAGGCCGUGCCCUAGCCCCCUCGCUGACUGGUGACGUCAGAAGCGAAAGGAAGGCCUGCCAAACAACGCACUCACCGCAAUUUUCUCUGCAAAAUUAGAUUUUUAGGGUUUGGUUUUCCUCUUCCUCGAUUCAUCCUCACCUUCAUCCUCGAUUGAUCUGGCCAGGGGGAUCAAGCCUCGAUCGUGGCCGGGGCCAUCGACUUCGUCAAGGAGCUCGAGCAGCUCCUCCAGUCUCUUGAGGCCCAGAAGAUGACCCUACAGCAGCAGAGGAGAAGGGCCUGUGGAUCGUCGGACGCUGAGGAUGGUGGCGUGGUCACCGGCGACGGGGACCCCCCCCCGUUCGCGCAAUUCUUCGCCUAUCCUCAGUACAUCUGGUGCCACGGGACAAGGGAGACAUCGCCGUCGCCGGCGGAGGGCCACCGACUGCCGGUGGGGUCGGUGGCGGACAUCGAAGUGACGCUGAUUGAGACCUUCGCCAACCUUCGGAUACUCUCCCCACGGCGACCCGGACAACUGCUGAAGAUGGUGGCCGGUUUCCAGACGCUUCAUCUGACAGUCCUUCACCUCAGCGUCACCACCAUGGACACCCUCGUCCUCUACUCCGUCAGCGCCAAGGUAAUGCGGCUUCUCCCUCCCCACGUACGUUUCUUCCUGCAUUACCCUUCCAUUGCAUACCUCCCCCUCUCUCUCUCUCCGUUCCUCUAUUUUUCCACGUACGUUUUUGUGUGCUCAAAUGAUGAUAGAAAUCAUCGUCUAUCUUGAACGCUGAGAAACUUCACUUCUCUCUCUCUCCUUUCCUGUCCGAUCACGUUGCUAUCUCUCUCUCUCUCUCUCUCUCUCUCUCUCUCUCUCUCUCUCGAUAUACAUAUAUAUAUAUAUACCAUCCGUUCACUCUCUCCCCUCCGCUCCCACCCUUUACCUCUCGUAUGAUUCUCCCUCCAUCACUCGGUCGCUCUCUGUGCCAUGUGAUUCUCUCUCUCUCUCAGACUCAUACUCACUCUCUCCUACUUAAAUUCGGGAAGUUUUUUGAAUCCUCCGCCAGGGCUUUCGUGCGCAUGAAGCCUGGAAGAAAUCAAUGUCUCCUUGAACUCUGAGAAGCAGCUCUCUUUCUCUCUCUACCUCGCUCCCUCGCCCGUUUCUUAAAUCCCGUAAUUUCUCGGCUCCCGCGGCAUGCUCAACAGCUGCACCACAUGCUGACUGAUGCAGCAGCCCAGCAUUUCUCCGCUAUCGAUGGGGAAGAGAUGCCCUUCCUCCGUGUCCUGCUCUCUCUCUAGCCGAUCCCCCGAGGAGAUUCUCUUCUCGGGCUCCCCAUCAUCCCCCCAUUAAUACCCCGGAGGAGCUCCCCAGAGCACCCUGGAAUUCCCUCGGAAACCCUAACCAAAACAUUCUCCUCCCCUCCCGUGGUUCCCAUGUCGGGGGGGUCCCAACUCUAAUAAAUUCCAUGAUUGCAGCCAGUUUAACAGUUUUCCAGGUUCCGAUCUCGUGGCCUCCGCGGAUCAUGCGGCAUUUAUAGUCCAUCUUCCGUGUCCGGCGAUUACAGGCGGAGGGAGAGAGAGAGAGAGAGAGAGGUCCAGCGUCGUUUGACUAUGAGGAGCAGGGCAUACCCGGAAAAGGAAAUAGCCCAUCCGUCUUCUUCUUCCUCCUCCCUUGGGUCCCUCCUUCCUUCUUGCGGUGGCCAUUAAUGCAGCUCCGAGCUGUUAUUGUUACCUUCCUCCCCAUCUUCCAGAGAGAACUCACGGCAGAAAUAUUCUCCCUGCUGCAGGUAGAGGAAGGAUGUAACCUGACCUCGGUAGACGACAUCGCGGCCGCGGUCCACCACAUGCUCACCCUCAUCGAAGCAGAGGCUGCCCUCGCCUGA